CAUUCGGCCAACCCAACUAACUUAUGCUGUAUAUAUAAAUAUAUAUAGAUGUUUACAUUCACUUCCUCCGGCUCUUGAAUUGAUCUCCUCAACUCUCAUUCUCUCAACUCAAUAUAUAUUUAUUUGUGUCUUGUCAUUAUUGAGUGAUCAGCAAAUCAGAAAAGAAGAUUGGUGUAAUAAGUUAAAAGUGAAAGAUGGGUGGAGAGGAAGAGGCAUUGGCCGACGGUGGCAGCCCAAAGGCGGAGGAGCUGAAUGUGGUUCCAUUCUACAAACUGUUUGUGUUCUCGGACUGGUGGGACAAGAUCCUGAUGUUGGUGGGAAGCAUGGGCGCCAUUGGCAACGGCAUGAACCCGCCUCUCAUGGCCUUGCUCUUCGGGGAGCUGGCCGAUGCCUUUGGCCGCACCCAGACCCAUAACGUGCUCCCCGUCGUUUGUAAGGUCUCACUGAAGCUGGUCUACGUGGCUCUGGGCUGCGGCGCUGCAGCAUUUCUUCAGGUGGCGUGUUGGAUGAUCACCGGAGAAAGACAGGCUGCUCGGAUCAGAGCUCUGUAUCUACAAACCAUUUUGCAGCAGGAUAUCGCCUUCUUCGACAAGGAGGUGCACACUGGGGAAGUCAUCGGGAGGAUGUCGGGGGACACUGUUCUCAUUCAAGACGCCAUUGGAGAGAAGGUAGGGAAGUUUGUGCAGUUAAUGGCAACAUUCUUUGGAGGGUUCGUGAUUGCCUUCACCAAGGGCUGGCUUCUCACGCUGGUCAUGCUGUCGUCUAUUCCCCCGCUCAUGAUCUCAGGCGGGCUCAUGUCCCAAGUGGUGGCCAAAAUGGCCUCCCGCGGCCAGAAUGCCUAUGCUGCUGCUGCCAUCAUAGUGGAGCAAACAAUAGGCGCUAUUAGAACAGUUGCCUCGUAUACAGGGGAGAAGAGGGCUGUGAGUGAGUACAACAAGUCUCUAGACAAUGCUUAUAAGUCAUCUGUGCACCAAGGGCUAGCCACAGGGCUAGGCCUCGGGUCCGUUAUGUUCAUGAUGUUCUGCAGCUACGGCUUGGCUGUUUGGUAUGGCGCUAAGAUGAUCUUGGAAAAGGGUCACUCUGGGGGAGAAGUAUUCACAGUUAUUGUUGCAGUUUUAACUGGCUCACUGUCUCUAGGGCAAGCUUCACCGUGCAUGACAGCGUUUGCAGGCGGGAAAGCUGCAGCCUACAAGAUGUUUGAAACUAUAAAUAGGAAGCCGGAGAUAGAUCCAUUCGACAACAGGGGAAAGGUCUUGAGCGACAUUGGUGGGGAUAUAGAGCUAAGACAUGUGUGCUUUAGUUAUCCAGCCAGACCAACAGAGCAGAUAUUCAGUGAUUUCUCUCUAUGCAUCCCUCGGGGCACGACUGCAGCCUUGGUCGGGCAGAGUGGUAGUGGCAAGUCGACUGUGGUUAGUCUAAUCGAGAGAUUUUAUGAUCCGCAGAGUGGUGAGGUGCUGAUUGAUGGGAUCAACCUCAAAGAAUUCCAGCUUAAAUGGAUUAGGUCCAAAAUCGGGUUGGUGAGCCAGGAACCCGUGUUGUUCAUGGGCAGCAUCAAGGACAAUAUUGCGUACGGGAAGCAUGGUGCAACAGAUGAGGAGAUUAGAGGCGCAACCGAGCUAGCCAACGCUGCUAAAUUCAUUGAUAAAUUGCCACAGGGGUUGGACACUUCGGUUGGUGAGCACGGAACUCAGCUUUCCGGUGGGCAGAAGCAGAGAAUUGCUAUAGCCAGAGCGAUUCUGAAAGAUCCGCGGAUUUUACUUCUAGACGAGGCAACGAGUGCACUAGAUGCAGAGUCUGAAAGAGUAGUCCAAGAGGCACUAGAUAGAAUCAUGGUUAACAGAACAACCGUGGUAGUUGCGCAUCGUCUCACCACAGUUAGAAAUGCUAACAUGAUUGCAGUCAUUCACAGAGGAAAGAUGGUUGAGAAAGGCACACAUUCGGAGCUGCUGAAGGAUCCGGAAGGUGCAUAUUCUCAGCUCAUACGGCUACAAGAAGCACGUAAUGAAGAAGAGGAGGCCGUGGUUGAGGAUUUGGAGUACAACGAGGAAUACAGCAGGCAAGCGAGCCAAAAGGCAACACUUGCCCAUUUGAUGAGCCGGAGAUCCUCGAGGUUCAGAAGUGGAAGCCACAACUCGAUAUCCAUCUCGUUUAGCCUGUCUAGAGGGGUGAGUGUUUCCAGAAACGAGUACGAAGAUUUGGAGCUUGCUUCUGAUAUGAAUAAGCACCAUGAGGUCCCAUUAAGCCGGUUGGCUGCUCUGAACAAGCCCGAGAUACCAGCUUUAUCAGCAGGCGCUCUUGCAGCAGUGGUGAACGGGGCAAUAGUUCCCUUUUUCGGGAUCUUGUUGUCUCUGGUAAUCAAGACCUUCUACGAGCCACCACACAAGAUGAGGCGGGACUCCAAGUUUUGGGCGGUGAUGUUUGUGGUUCUUGGAGUGGUGUCACUAGUUGCAUAUCCGCUGCGGACAUACUUCUUUGGCAUAGCUGGUUGUAGGCUGAUAAGGAGGAUUAGGAUGAUGUGCUUCGAGAAGGUGGUUAGCAUGGAGGUUGCUUGGUUCGAUGAGGCUGAGAACUCAAGUGGAGUGAUUGGUUCGAGGCUCUCAGCCGAUGCAGCUACUAUUCGAGCUCUAGUUGGUGAUGCACUAGCACAGAUAGUUCAGGAUCUUUCAUCAGCGAUUGUGGGACUAGUUAUAGCCUUCUUCGCAUGCUGGCAGUUGGCGCUUAUUGUGCUCGCCUUGGUGCCUCUAAUUGCGUUGAAUGGAUAUGUGCAGCUCAAAUUCAUGAUGGGAUUCAGCGCUGAUGCAAAGGUGAUGUAUGAAGAAGCAAGUCAGGUGGCUAAUGAUGCUGUUGGAACAAUAAGAACCGUGGCUUCCUACUGCGCAGAGGAAAAGGUUAUGGAGAUAUACAGGAACAAGUGUGAAGGGCCAGUGAAGAUGGGGAUAAAGCAAGGAUUGAUUAGUGGCACCGGUUUUGGCCUAUCUUUAGCCUUGUUAUUCUUUGCUUACGCCACAGCAUUUUAUGCAGGAGCUCGACUUGUUGAGGCUGGGAAAACUACAUUCGAAGAUGUGUUUCGUGUUUUCUUUGCUAUAAACAUGACAGCAGUUGCUGUAUCCCAAUCUAGCACGUUUGCCCCGGACUCGAGCAAGGCCAAGAGUGCAACUGCUUCCAUAUUUGGCAUCCUAGAUAGGAGAUCAAACAUUGACCCCAGCGAUGAAUCUGGCACAACCUUGGAGAAUCUAAGGGGGGAGAUUGAACUAAGGCACAUCAGCUUCAAGUAUCCUACUAGGCCUAAUAUCAAGAUUUUCAGGGACCUCUCACUCACAAUCCACAGUGGCAAGACCGUGGCGUUGGUGGGAGAGAGUGGAAGCGGCAAGUCCACGGUGAUCGCCUUGCUUCAAAGGUUCUACAAUCCAGACUCGGGCGUGAUCACAGUUGAUGGGGUUGAUAUUCAGAAGCUGCAGCUGAAAUGGCUAAGGCAGCAGAUGGGGCUAGUGAGCCAAGAGCCAGUCUUAUUCGGUGGAACAAUUAGAGACAACAUAGCUUAUGGGAAGGGAGGGGAUGCGAGUGAGGCAGAGAUCAUAGCUGCAGCUGAGCUAGCAAACGCCCACAGCUUCAUCAGUGGAUUGCAGCAGGGAUACGACACAACCGUGGGUGAUCGAGGAGUUCAGCUGUCCGGAGGGCAGAAGCAACGGAUAGCCAUAGCGCGAGCCAUUGUGAAGGCCCCCAAGAUACUGCUGCUGGAUGAAGCUACAAGUGCGCUGGAUGCCGAAUCAGAGAGAGUGGUUCAAGAUGCACUUGACCGAGUCAUGCUCAACAGGACUACUGUGGUUGUGGCUCACAGGUUGUCCACCAUCAAGAAUGCAGACCUUAUUGCUGUGGUUAGGAAUGGAAUCAUCGUUGAGAAAGGGAAGCACGACAACCUCAUCAACAUCAAACAUGGCUUUUACGCAUCACUCGUCGCACUACACAUGGCUGCUUCAUAAUCAUUUUUUGCACUAUAUAUAGAUCUAGAUAUGAUAGUAACAACCAUGCAAUAAAAAGCAAGCUAUACUGAAAUUGCGUAAUUGUAUCAUAUUAUUAUUACUUUACUUAUACAUGUAACAUACAUGAAAUUCCAACAACCCUCGAUCUGUAAAAUUCAUCGUUUUGUAUCCAAUUGUAUGUGUUUAAUUUAUUCCAAAAAGAAUUCAUGUGGAGCAAA